CCAUCUGUGGAUACUUUCUGGAGGUCCAAGAUCCGUAAGCUCCACGACCGUUGGACUAAGGUCUGUGAAGUUUUUCAUGAUGCCGGUUUCAACACAUGCUUUACAACAGAUGGCAAUAUAUUUAGGGAUAGUUUCUGGAGGAGGAUGUGCAGUGAUGUAUUAUCUUAUGCAACAAAAUUUUGCCAAGUCAGAAUACUACAAGUUGGCAAUUGAGGAGCUCAAGAAAAGUGACGUAGCACUGGAUGCCUUGGGAGCCCCUCCUCUCCAGAUCCGAAAUAUCAAACUCACCGACAGAAAUAAUCGGGUGGAUGGAAUUAGUGCAAAGAUUAAAAUUCCAGUAAGUGGAAACAAAUCAGCUGGUUAUCUCCACACCUAUUGUAUCAGAGACACAGUAGAAAAAAGAUGGUUUUUGCAAGAAGCCACUUUACAGUUGUUAGAUGGUCAACAGCUUUCAGUUUACACCGUGAACAAGGAUGAAGACCAAAGUUAAUGCAUGUGGGAUGGCUUUUAGUAAUUUUAUCCUGGAAGUAUCUGGAUGUUUAAUAAAUCUAUACAAAUCAAAAUGUGCUCAGCUUCUCUGCUAUUUAAAAGAUAAUAAAACACAAUUAAUUGUACAGAUUAAGCUUCAUGGUACAGAUCUGGUUCAUCCAAAAAUAAUAGUAAUAUUCUAUGAAGCAACACACAUGAAAUGCUGGAGAAUUAAUAAACAGUCAAUGUUUUAGACUGAGACCCUUCUUCAGGUCUGAAAAGGAAGGGGGAAGAUGCCGGAAUAAAUAAGUGGGAGCUGGAGAAGGAGGGUAGCUAGAAGGUGGAUUGGAAAGAUAAAGGGCUGGAGAAGAAGAAUUCUGAGAGGAGAGUGGAUCAUAGGAGAAAGGGAAUGAGAGGGGGACCCAUGAUAGGCAGGGUUUUUAAACCAGAAGGAGAAAUCGAUAUUCAUGCCAUCAGAUUAGAGGCUACCCAGAUGAAAUAUAUAAGUGUUGCUCCUCCAUCAUGAUUGUGGCCUAUCUUGACAGAAGAGUCCAUGGACCAACAUGUCAGAACAGGAAUCAGAAUUAAAAUGUUUGGCCACCAGGAAGUGCAGCUUUUGGUGAAUGAAGCAGAGUAUUCUAUGACACUAGGUUCUUAUUUGGUUGAUGGAAGGAUAGAUCAUAGCCUGGAGCUUUAUGCUAUGUAUAGACAUUUUUGAGCAAAGAUGAAAAUUUUGUAAAGUAUGGUUAAUUAAUAAGCCUAGCUAUUAUCUGAUUCAUAAUUGUGCAAGAGAGCAAAUACUUUGGUACAGCACAAUAAAACAGAACGUGAACACUACUUAAAUGUUUAUUUACUGGAACAUAUGCUUGUAGUUCUGUUAAGACAUGUUUUUCAUCUUUCAGUCUCAAAUGUUGAGCAAUCAUUUCAUAUUGUGAAAUGUAUACCUACAUCUGGUAGAAAUUGGAAGGAUGGCAGAAACAUUUCAGCAUAAUAGAUUCAAAUUUUAGGGAAGUGCAUAUGCAAAGAAACGAUGGCUAACAUUUGGAGGUAAACUGGAUAUGCAGUGGAUUUGUUUGGUAUGCAUAGCUAAUCCAACAUGCAUUCAACUCUAGAUACCAGCAUUAAAUAGAUUAUUCAAAAGGAUUGUGCUGAUAAUUUUGGAAAACUACAUAAGCAUUUGUUUUGACAGAGCUGUUGUUUAGGAAACUCUCUUAAGGAAGUUGUGGGUUAAUUCUCCUAACAGUGUAUUGCCUUCCCUUUGUGCCUUCCCUUUAUUCAUGUCUCUUGGACACUGCUCUUUUUGACCCAAAUAAUUCAUUUCAGCCACAAUGGUCAUAACUGGGUCCUGUUUGUGAAAGAAAUCAAACAAAUUAACUUUAAUUUGUAAUUUUUUCCAUGAAGCAGUAAUCAGUGGCAAAGCCAAUAUGUAUUCUCUUUGCAAAGGAGGUAACAAAGUACCUUCUUAAAUCACUGAAGUCCUUCUGCUUAAUAAUUUAACUGUGUUGGAAUUUCCAGAAUUUAGACCCAGCAACAAAAGAAUGGAACUAUAUUUCCAAAUGUAUGAUUAAGAGCAAAGCACUGAAGUUCUCCUGAACCUGAAACCUUUGUUCUUCUCGUUGGUAGAGAACUCAGGUUUGGAAGGUGUAGUUGGAUUAACCUGGGUGAGUAAAUGCCUGUAACACUUAUUGCAGCCACAGUAAACCACUGUUUAGCAUUGUAGAAAAAUUAUCAUUUAAGUGUUACCCAGUCUAUUCCCACCUUCCACCACUACUUCAUUAGUCCUAGGGCACAGUUCUUCGGGUAUACAUUCAAUUGUCACUCCUUCUAUCCCCUUUAGUGAGUGCUGGACGCCUACAUAGAUACUGGACAUAGAUGAGGGAAGAUGACAAAAAAGUCAAUCCAUCAACUACUCUAAAUGGUUAUUUUUCAAUGGUUUCUGAUCUAUCUGCUAAGCAAACUACGGAGACAUCAGAGGCAUCAAACUGCGGAGAGGACACCUUGGAUUUAUAUGCCUCUGUGUUGAAAUGCAGCAGAACAAGACCAGCUGGGAGUUGGAUACUGACUUAGAGUUUAAUUUGUGACCUUGAAGAUAAAAAGUACUCAAAUUAUUUUACUUUAUUUUGUGAAUUUUUAAAAUAGUUAUAUUUGAAUAGGUUUUAAAUAUCUUUACAUUUAAAAAGAACAAUGCAAAAGUCUUAUAGCAGCCAGCUAGGAGUGCAUUCUAGAUACAGGAACUCAGCAUUUUGCUUGCCAAGGAUUCCUGCUGGGAGUACGGUACAUUCUGCACAAUUUCUUUCAGAUUUAGCCCACCACAUACUGGUAAAGAAACACAAAGUCUGGGUCCAGCAUGAUUCUGUUCAAUAAGUCCUGAGCCCUAUAAUAGAAGAUUUUUACUCAAUAAUACUCAAAACUACAAAAAUCAAUAAGCAUCCAGAUGUUUAUUAAAGGAAAUAUAUGCAUCUUUGAUAAGGGUACAGAAACUGCUGCAUUUUCCCCCAGUGGAAUAUGGUAUACAUAGUUUCAUAGGUAAACGCACUGGCUAGCUGUCGAUUAAUUUUACAGUAUUGUCCUGAAAAUAAAUGCAAAGUUCAACACAACAUUGUUUAGAGAAAAAAAUAGAUGUUACAAUUAUGAAAAUAUGGCU